UUAACAUAUGUGGAAUUACACUAGUUCAAGUAAAAUCAUAGAAUAAAAAUAAUAAGCCUAUGUAAUAGAAUUAGUAUGGUUUAGUCAUAUGAUAGACAUGUUAAAGUAGUGAAUAAAGUCAAAGCAACAAUUGAUAAUGAAAGUCCAUACAAACAUAACUUUACUUCAAGAUUAACAAACAAAUAUUAGUAAUGAUAUUUAGUUAUUUUUAUGUAAUAAAACUAUGCAGAAAUAAAUAGAAGUAAUUCAGCUUUACUAAGAAGAAUGAUGUACAUCAAUUCACACUCUAGUAAUCUUAAUAAAUAGAAGCUUGUAAAAUCUUACAAAGAAAUAUCUCAUGUUCUAAAAACUAGUAAGUAAUUACACACUGAAAGAGAGAGAGUACAAGAUGAAAAUGAAGUAAAAUGAAUAUAUGAAAUUAAAUUAGAAAAUAGUGGCUAGACUUCAAGCAACAAAAUCAUAUUAUGAAAGAGAUAGUUAAUUAAUAUAAGCAUAGAAAUAUAUAACAUGUCGAAAUAAUAUAUCAUAAAAUGCAAGUAUUAUUGAAUUUAGUAAGUUUAGGAAGAGCAGCAUAUUUAGAUUUUGUAGAUGAAUCAUAUGGAUUGACUAAAAAUUCUUUGUCUAAGUAAUACUGAUAUGUAUUUUAUAUUGAUUUGAUUUGUG